CCUGCAGUGAAUAAGACUUACAAGGCCCAUUUAGUGCCGUGUGAGGUUGGCCCAUAGCCCAUACAACGAGCUCGAAGUGGAAGAGCCGCCGAUGAAGUCAGGAACGGUGAUGCUGGCGAAGACUCUCUCCGCAGCUCGGAAAAUGGACAUAGCGGUCUUCUCCCCGUCUGCGCUUUUCGCCGCCGAUGAUGACGACGCCUCUGAUGAGGAGACAACGGAAACCCAGCAGAGCUACGUGGAGAGGCAGCACAGUUUCCCCGGAAUGGUAUCGAAAUUCCUUUUCCCUUUCCGUUUCAUCGCUUUCCCAAAGCUUAAUACACCGAACGAUUAGAGCCCUGCUGUAGUAGAUAUUUACUGUUUGAUGGUUCUCGUUACUCAUACUCAACAUUUGGCGUAUCUUAUUUUACCUCGAGUUCGUUUGGCGAUUUUGCUUUCUGGGUGCAGGAUUUGGUGGUCAGAGAGUUUUCUUUUCAUCAAUUGAAUGCUAAUUUGCUGUGGCCAGGGUCGUUUUCGUUCGCGGAAUGGUUGGUUCACAACCGAUUGUUGAUUGAUGGUCGGCGAUGCAUUGAGCUAGGCAGUGGGACUGGAGCUUUGGCUAUUUUUCUCCGCAAGUCAUUUGACCUAGACAUCACGACAUCGGAUUAUGACGAUCAGGAGAUAGAAGACAACAUAGCUCAUAACUGCAGAGAGAAUGGAGUCACACCUGUUCUUCCCCACAUUAAGCAUACAUGGGGAGAUGCCUUUCCGACUUGUAAUCCUGAUUGGGACCUUGUCGUAGCCAGUGACAUACUACUAUAUGUGAAACAGUACGGAAACUUGAUAAAGACUCUCAAGUUUCUGCUCCAAAAUUACAAGCCGGCAAAAAAGGCAGCAGAGGCAGCAGCAUCCGCCAUGGAGAAGCAAGAAAAUAGAGGAGGCGAAGGUGAGGUUGAACGUGUUCCAAGGCCAGCAUUCGUAAUGAGCUGGAGAAGGCGAAUAGGGAAGGAGGAUGAAUCCCUGUUCUUCAGUGGUUGCGAAGGUGCCAAUCUUCAGGUCCGGCACCUGGGAUCCCGAGUUUACUUAAUAACUCCCUGAAGCCUGCCCUCGUCGAAUUCGGUGUCAUAGCCAGUAACAUUGUGUAAGAAAAUUGUUAUCAUCAUUUGAUGAAGCCCCCUGGUUCCUAGCCAUACUAUGUUCCGACUUCUGAGUGAAGAAAUUUAGGGAGCAUAUCUUAUGAAGAAUGAGUAAUUGAAUUGUCGUAUUGCAUUGCACAGCAUAUCCGU